ACUGCAGGGCGUGGGAUGGAUAUCAGAGCUGGGAACGCGCUCACGCUCUCACUGCUUCUCUGCUGCUUCUGCUCCGGAGUGACAGCAGAAGAAGGUGAGAAGUGUGGCGGGAAGGUGGACGCCACCGACGCGGGGUACAUCACGUCCCCGGGGUACCCGCUGGAGUACCCGCCGCACCAGAACUGCGAGUGGGUGAUCACGGCGCCGGAGCCCGGUCAGCGCCUCGUGCUCAACUUCAACCCGCACUUCGAGCUGGAGCGGCUGGACUGCAGGUAUGAUUUUAUUGAGAUCCGGGACGGUAGUUCGGAGUCGGCGGAGCUGCUGGGGCGGCACUGCAGUAACAUCGCUCCUCCUGCCAUCAUCUCGUCCGGUCCCGUCGUCCUCAUCAAGUUUGUGUCUGAUUACGCUCAUCAGGGAGCCGGAUUCUCACUGCGCUACGAGAUCCACAAAACCGGUUCGGAACACUGCUUCCGGAAUUUCACGGCGCUGUCCGGCGUGAUCGAGUCGCCCGACUUCCCGGACAAGUACCCUCACAACCUGGAAUGCUCGUACAUCAUAAUCGCCCCCCCACAGACAGAGGUCACCCUCACCUUCAAGACCUUCGACCUGGAGAACGACCCCCUGCUGAUGACCGAGGGCGACUGCAAGUACGACUGGCUGGAGGUUUGGGACGGACUGCCCCAGGUCUCGCCGCUGAUUGGUCGAUACUGCGGGACAAAAAUCCCCCCGGAGAUCGUGUCCUCCACCGGCCUCCUGUCCCUCUUCUUCCACACAGACAUGGCCGUGGCCAAGGACGGUUUCUCUGCGCGCUAUAACGUGACCCACAAAGAAGUCGGCGACUCCUUCCACUGCAGCUCGGUGUUCGGCAUGGAAUCGGGCAAGAUCUCCGACGACCAGAUCAGCGCCUCGUCCUCCUUCUACGACGGCCGCUGGAUGCCUCACCUGGCUCGCCUCAACAACGAGGACAACGCCUGGACGCCGGCCGAGGACAGCAACAAGGAGUACAUCCAGGUGGACCUGCACUUCCUCAAGGUUCUCACCGGGAUCGCCACACAGGGAGCCAUCUCCAAAGAGACCACCAAGUCCUACUACGUCACCACCUUCAAGCUGGAGGUCAGCACCAACGGAGAGGACUGGAUGAUGUACCGCCACGGCAAGAACCACAAGAUCUUCCAUGCUAACACAGACCCGUCGGAGGUGGUUCUGAAUCGCGUCCCUCAGCCGGUUCUGGCUCGUUUCGUCCGCAUAAGACCUCAGACGUGGAAGAACGGCAUCGCGCUGCGCUUCGAGCUCUACGGCUGUCAGAUCACAGACGCCCCGUGCUCUGAACUCCAGGGAAUGCUCUCCGGCCAGCUCCCGGACUCCCAGAUCACGGCGUCCUCCUUCCGGGACCGAGACUGGUCCCCCAGCACGGCCCGCCUGAUGGCCAGCAGGUUCGGCUGGUUCCCCUUCCCCGAGCAGCCGGUGGUCGGGGAGGAGUGGCUGCAGGUGGACCUGGGGACCGCCAAGAGGGUGAGCGGAGUCAUCACGCAGGGGGCCCGAGGGGGAUACGGGGGGACGACCUCGGAGAACCGCGCCUACGUCCGAAAGUACCGGCUGGCACACAGCCUGAACGGAAGAGACUGGAACUUUCUGAUGGACAGCAAGACCAGUCUGCCCAAGAUUUUCGAGGGGAACACGCACUUCGACACCCCCGAGUUGAGGCGAUUCGAGGAGCUGGUGGCUCAGUUCAUCAGGAUUUUCCCCGAACGGUGGCCGCCGGCCGGCAUCGGCAUGAGGAUGGAGGUGCUGGGGUGCGGCCUGCCAGAAACGUCCACGGCAGCGGCGACACCCACGACGACCCGCCCUCCCCCGGUGGAGAGCAGCUCCGCCCACAAACUCAGUUCCUCGAUCUCCAGCACGUCUCCGCCCUCGACCGCGCCGCUGUGCGAUUUCGAGCAGGGUCUGUGCGGAUGGACUCACGACCCCAACUCCGACCUCAUCUGGGCUCUGCACACCUCCAGCAGAAUCACCGCCCUGGGCCAGAGUCAGGACCUCUCUUUAGGAUCCAGCAGUCUCGGGAACUACCUGUACCUCGACGCCAGUCCCAAGACGAUGGGGAAGAGGGCGCGGCUGGUCAGUCCCCCGGUGGGUCCCGACACGGGGCCCCUGUGUCUGAAGUUCUCGUACCAGCUGGAGGACGAGGGGACCCUGCGGGUGCUGCUGCGUAACCCAACGCAGGAGGAGACGCUUCUAUGGGCUCUUCAUGGCCCCCAGGGGGCGACAUGGAAGGAGGGGCGCACCAUCGUACCACGAUCGCCCAAAGAGUUCCAGGUGGUGAUUGAGGGCGUGUUCGAGAAGGCAACCACUGGUCACAUCUGGAUCGAUAACAUCCACAUGAGCUUGAGUACACCGCUGGAGGAGUGCACACAACCUUUUGCUGCAUUUCCUCCUGAUAUGACCGUUAAAAAAAUGGACCCUCGAGGAAACCGUCUCCUCAACAACAGGGACCCGGUAGAUCCAGGUUCAGCGUUCCCAGAUUUAAGCACCGCCCAGCCGUCCACCGAGCCGCCGGUCACACGGGCGCCGGGCAAUGAGCGCUCCUGGCUCUACACGCUGGACCCGAUCCUCCUGACCAUCAUAGUGAUGAGCUCGCUGGGCGUCCUGUUGGGAGCCGUGUGCGCCGGACUCCUGCUGUACUGCACCUGCUCGUAUGGGGGCCUGACCUCCCGCUCCUCCACCACUCUGGAGAACUACAACUUCGAGCUCUACGAUGGCAUCAAGCACAAGGUCAAGCUCAACCAACAGCGCUGCUGCUCAGAGGCUUGAGGGGGAACCCGGUCAGAUGUUCUCCUCACGAUUCGGACUCCCCACUGAGAGACUCGGCUCAGCUCUUGAUAUGCAUGUCGGUUUCGGCAUGGAAACUCGAUGGCGCACGAUGGCUCAACUGUCUGAGCCUCUCGCUCUCGGAGAACCUUCCUGAGCUUAGUCUCAAAUAGAUAUUAGUACAUAUCAAGUACUGACUGUCAUCAGGAUUAAAUCUUGAAUUCAUUUCUACGCCGGGGCUGGACUAAACUCGCCAUCCCGGAAUACAGAGCUUAUGUGUCAUGUGACUGAUCAUGUGGUGACGUUUUUUUGAGCUUUUUUUUUAUUGUUUUUAAUUUUUGUGAGGUCCUGACAUGAUGCCUUAAGACAGAUCAGUUCAUUUCCUGUAUUGAAGAAAUCCUCCCAAUUUAGUCGUAUCCAAUUACCUCUGUACUGCUGCAGACCUCCACUCCUGACUAAGGAGUGUUCAGUAGCGACCACUUCUUUUCACCUGCACCAGGCGGGUUCAUAUGGGGAUCCGUAUCGCGUAUGGAGAGUCACGCACUUAUCUCCGAUAUUCCCCGUCUAUGUGCAGCACCUCGACCAGCCAGCAGAGGUCGUAACUGCAGCAGUUAUGAGGAAUCCCCUCCCCUCCGGCAAUCCAACCUACCGGACAAGCCGAUCAGUGUCCCUGUAGGCGCCCGGUUGGUCUUUAAAACCCGCCGCUUGUUUAGUUCUUGUUAGAUUUUAAAAAAUACACACAUUAUCAACACAAGCCGAGCAGGUUUGGAUCGUUUCAGUUAAAGAUCACGUGAUUCCUAUAGUUUGUGUUCGGAAUAAAAUGGACGGGCCGUCCCCGUCUGUGUGGAUUAUGGGAGAUUUUUGUCAGUGCAACCUAUGGAUUGCUGUAAGUGGGAUUUAGACGCUAAGUGCUAAACGUGUUCGCAUUAGAGAUGGUGACCGUGGUAAAGUGUUUUUUCUUUCGUGGUGUCAAAACUGGAGAAACCACUCGGCGAGGAGAACAAAGACUCGGAACGAAGGCCAAGUAAACAUCAUCUGCUGGUCUUUUUCUUCUCCGUGUUUUCCGUCACGCGAGGCUGAAGGUUAACAGGAGACGGGUUUACUGAUGAACCGCUGCGGCGCUCACGUCAGCUCCCUGACGGCCCUCGAGAGCUGCUCGGGAAUAAAAAUAAAACAUUCAUUUGAUCUGCUAGAUCUUUUACAAGUUCUUCUGAUGGAUAUUAUCCUGGACGAGCACGGGAACCAUGGGAAAUAUGUUCCACCCGGGAUUGAACCUCUGUACGGGCAGCAUUGGAGUGCACCUACGCACUCAUAUAAAAACAAAACUGUCACCACUGGAAUGGGGGAUCGUUCCAAGUGCCUUGGAGCCGCUCAGCUCCAGCUUCCACUUGCUCCGGCACUCCGAGACUCGUUCUGGAGCUUCCGUCCAUCUCAAAAUCCUCAAAAAAGACUUUUAACUCACAGCACUGGUCAGACUUUGGGAUAAAUCCUGGAGCCUGUGUAUAUAAAAUGUGCUUUUUAUUGUUAUUAUGAUUAUUUAAUAAAUGAUUGAUAAAUAUCA